AGCGACGCACCUUUCUUGCUGAGUUUUGCGAGGUCUUUCUUCUCUCUCACUUUUCAACUACCUAAAAAUCCUAUAAUUUCAUGCCUUAAACAGAAAAAAAAAAAACCCCCCAGCAUCUGCUGCUUUGUUCACGAUGCUGCCUAGAGAGCUCUCAUUCUUCUUCCUCUUUUCUUGCCUUUGCGGUUUAUCGUCAUGUACCUCCUUCCCAUCCUCGACCACACCGGUAGCUAUCAAGUCUAGUACUGAUGUGCAACUGGCUCUGGCACCAACAUCGCCCCCGUUGGAGAACCUAGGGCGGAGAGAUAGACCCCCAACACUUUGUGGUUUUGGCAAUGGCGACGCAGCCUAUCCCUGGAAUUGUAAUUCAGGGUACGCUUGUGCGGUAGAUACAUAUUAUUCAGUUCUAGGUUGUGUCACAAGCAUGAUCGAUGGUAAAUUGACUGGAUAUGUUCCGACGUCAUGCUUGAACUACGGUCAACCAUGUUCUUCAGUUGGCACUCGAACGAUUUGCUGUACGAAUACUGUGUAUCCGAGCUGCUUGGCCAACGUAUACACCGGAUCUCUCUACUCGAAAUAUACGUUGCUGGCCUGUGGUGACGGCUAUAAUCGCCGAAUAGCUUGGUUCGCUUCGACAACCGAGACGGCUAGGACGACUGGGACCGGAACAACGUCGACUCCUUUUAUGAUGAUUCCCCAGGUAACCAAUGUCAUAAACCUAACAGACGGAACAAAUGGUGAUUCGCCACCACCUGGAACAUUGACGACUUCAGACAAAAUAACACUGGCUACGACAUUGGGAAUCGGUCUACCGGCCACGGUCGCCGGCGUCGUUGCGGCUUGGUUUGCUUACAAGGCCAGGAAGGCGAAAAAAUUGAAAAUGCGGGGUGAGAGGCUGGCGAGCAGUGAUGACGACGCUUCCCAUCUUCAUGACAUAGAAACCAUUUACGACCCUUCCGUACGACUAGAACUGAAGCCAACCAAGUUUACGACGUAAAUGUUUCGAUCGAAUAUAGAUAUACUAUACAUUUUUUGGGAUUGGCGCUAGGGUUAGGGUUUAGCAACACGAUUCGAUGAGCAGAACCUUUCUCAUACCUAUGUAUCAUGACAUGCUUUUUGCGGAUUCCUUUUACGGCAACGCAACAGCUUGGAAAUAAUGCUAGGUAUAUAUCGGCCUCUGUAGCUAAAUGGUUUGAGACGCGAAAGUUGGGCUGGCAUUCUUACUAGGUACUCCUGGGGAUGGGGAGUACACAAACAACCUUCCUUUGUCGUCUGGUACAAAGUAGGAGGAACGGUGAAUCACGAAGAGACUAUUAGGCACAUAUGUAGCCUACAGCUCC